AAGACACAGCGUCUUUCGGUCUCUAAUCCCACUUCUCAUUUUAUGGUUAAGUUUUAAAUUUAAGUUAACAAUUGUGUUUUAUUUAACAAUGCUUUCUAUGGAAUUUAACAACGUUGUUUUACCAAGUAAUGAUGUUUCUCAUAUAAUUUUAAAAGGAGAUAUUUGUAAAAAAAAUGAAAAAAUCAUUGGUCCCGGAUUGAAGAUUGUCGACAACAAAAUAUUUGUGUGUAAUAGCGGAGUACUGAAGUGUAAAGAUGAGAAGUUGUUUUGGGUUGAAUAUCGUAAGAAGAAAUAUUCACCAGCAAAAGAUGAUAUUGUAAUUGGAAUUGUGGCUGCCAAAACUUCUGAAAUGUAUAAAGUUGAUAUCGGAGCUUCUGAAUUAGCUACACUUCCUUAUUUAGCAUUUACUAAUGCUACCAAAAAAAAUAGACCUGAUAUUAAAUUGGGGAAUGUCAUAGCAGCCAAAAUUAAAAUGGCCACUCCAUACAUGGAAUCUGAAAUUAGCUGUGUAGAAUAUGCUAAUAGUAUUAUUCUAGGUCAAUUGGAAAAUGGAUUUUUAAUUACUGUUAAUUUGAAUUAUGCCUUACAAUUAAGGAAAUCAAAUUCAAAAUUACUUUAUCAUCUUGGACAGUUUGUUCCAUAUGAAAUUGUUAUUGGGGCAAAUGGAAAAAUUUGGAUUAAGAGUGCUUCUGUACGUACCACUAUUGCUAUAGGAAAUGUCAUACUUAAAGCAGAACAUUUAAAAGAAGAAGAUAUUCCUCUAUUAAUUAAAAACUUUAACAAAAGUUUAAAUGUGUAAUAACGUAGCAAGUAACUAUAUUUUGUAUUGUAAAUUGGGUUAAUAUAAUGUAUAAAUAUUAUUGAA